CGCUCACACCACGAUUGUUGCGCGCAAACCGGGUAAAUUCUCUCCACACCUCUUCACUAUGGCCGGAGCUGCGAAUAAAAGACAGAAGAGGGAAGAUUACAAAAAAGCACAAAAUGAAAGACCGUCAACAGAAGCUCCAAAGAAGAAAUUCUAUCGGCAAAGAGCUCAUGCGAAUCCCUUUUCUGACCACCAAUUGACCUAGUACGUCGUCCAGAAAUCUCAUAUAUCCUCAAGCAGGGCUAAAAAUACGAAGCCCAAUAAGUCCUGCGCACAUGGACUGGUCGACCUACUACCCUGCCUUCGUCGCAGCCACAGAGCCUGUUCAAAGUAUGGCUGAAGUGCAUAUCGAGGACGACAACAAGCCUACUGUGAAGCCUUUGAGGAAAGAUAUUGAAGUCGCAGAUAUUGGCUGCGGCUUCGGAGGUUUGACAGUUGCACUCGCUCCCAUCAUGCCAGACACUCUAAUACUGGGUAUGGAAAUUCGCACACAAGUCACAGAAUACGUUCAAGAAAGAAUCAAGGCUUUGAGAGCGCAACAUCCCGAGGAAGGUCUAUAUCAAAAUGCGGCAUGCGUCCGGGCCAACACAAUGAAAUUCCUCCCAAACUUCUUUAAGAAGCACCAACUCUCCAAGAUUUUCCUUUGCUUCCCAGAUCCACACUUCAAGGCUCGGAAGCACAAAGCUCGCAUUGUCUCCACAACACUGAACUCCGAAUAUGCCUAUGUGGUACGGCCAGGAGGCAUCAUCUACACAAUUACCGAUGUGGAGGAUCUACACAAUUGGAUGGUACAACACUUCGAAGCACAUUUGUCCUUUGAGCGUGUUUCAGAAGAGGAGCAGGAGGCAGAUCCAUGUGUGAAGAUUAUGAGAGUUGAGACGGAGGAGGGGAAGAAAGUAGAGCGAAAUCAAGGUCAGAAAUUUGUAGCAUUAUUCCGGCGUCUGGAGAAUCCUCCUUGGUAGACAAGAUACCCAAUGAUAUUUGCACCAGGAUCAAAAGUAAAACAGCCAAACUGGUUCUCUGAACUGUCUUAAAUAUGCUUUUCAUUCUUCAGCGCAGGUGAUUCAACAAGGCAAGAUUACGCGAAUCUACUAGAGCUGUAUGGCCUG